GAUGUCAUGAUAAUAUUACAAAGAAAUGGUUGUUUACAGUUGGGAUACAUAAAAGGUAAAAAUAUUCGAUGCUAAUUUUCGUUAAGACAUCCAAAGGGAGAUGCAGAAAUGAAAGAAACUUCUUUAUAACAAUAGAAUAGUAAACUAGUAAAUCUGUAUUCUUUUACAAUUGAGGUCUGUCCUAAAAUUGGUUCAAUCUGUGUGUAAGUAAGGGUAUAGACCGGAGUCUGACUUUGAUUAAACAUAUGCAUGUUCACGCAAUGACUACUAGAUUGCUGACCUGUUUGAACAGAAAAAUUUUAAAAGAGGUUAUUCAGGCGAAAAAUGUAAGCAAGCACUACAACCAUUUCAUAAUUAAAAAUAAGUAAAUUCGACACAACUUAUGUCAAGAUGACUUUUUGGAUUAUCUAUACCAUCUAUUAAAAUUUUCAGUAGUAAUUCAAGUCAAAAUGGCCUUUUAGAUUAUUUAUACACAUUUCAUCCUAAAUUCAGUGAAAAAUUUUCAGUUUUAGGUACCUAAAUAAUAAAAAUGGAAAAGACAACCACAUACCAAGAAUACAAUAAUUGGAUACACUGAAUAUAAUGCCAUGGGUAUAUGGUGAGUAUUUCAUUUGAAGAAUCAACUUGCCGAUAUAUCUACUUAUGUAGGUGUAUAUUCUUCUGCUAUUUACUUCGAUAAUUCAUAAUAAUAAAACAUUUUUUGUGACUUUCCAGAUGGCAUCACCAAUAGGAUUACUACCGAGGCGUAUUUGUCCAAUUGUAAAACGAUUUUUUGAAGUUAAUUGCAACAGUGUUUCGAGACUAUCUAGAACUCUCUCCGCUAUUACCUCUUAUCCACAAACAACGGUCCCAAACCCUGUGACAUGUUCUUACUUCAAAAAUCCCGUUGAAUUUCGCCAGCUUAAUCCUCGGAGAAAUGAUAGUGGUGACAGUAAAUUACUUAUUGGUUCCAAGAGUUCUUUAAAAUUUCUCAAAGACUUUCCGAAAUCAUUUGGCUUUGGGAGAAAAACUAAUAAAAACAAAAAUCAAAAGAAACGAGUUCCAAAAUUAAUUUUAUUACAAAACCCUUUCACAUGGCUAAUGAUCAAAAUCGACUUCAGCGUCCUAAGGAACAUUUGGGAUCCGACGUUUGUGGAACGAGAAUUUAAAUAUGGGACCAAGCAGGCUAUAUCACGAGUGACACAAGUAAUUAGUUCAGGCCAGUUGAAGGAUUUGAAUGGCUUGCUGACGAAGCCAGCACGGUUGAGUUUAUUGCGGGAGUUGGACCGCAACUGGGGCGACAAGCAGCGAUCCUUAUUAGCUCUUAAACUCGAUGACAUACAGAUAUCAUCCCCUCGAAAGGUUUACUUCAUUAGGAUAGCUGAUAAGAAGUUUUGUGAUGUGGACAUGGCAUUCUUGGCGUUGAAAUGGGUGCCUAUCAAUAGUAUAGACGCUUUAAUAUUUACUGAGAUAUUUGCAAGAUUUCACCGAGAAUAUACGCCACACAGUAUUCCAGAAUGGACAAUUGCUUACUUUAAAGUUACUCGCUUCGAAGUCCUGCGUCGAUGAGGUGAGAGCCUGCAGCACUCGUAAGCUGCAGGUGCUAAUGGAUCGGCUUUUAGUUUGAAAUUGCAGUGAUGCAGUUAUUAAUAUCACAAGGCUACAUUGUGUGUAGCUGGUCCUAUAAAACAAUAAUCAACGACAACAAUUAUAUUAGUAAGUCUUGUAGGUUUUAUUUUAUAAAACCGUCUUACUAUGAAACAACGUGAUACACUAAGGACUGUUUGUUCGAAAAAUUAUUGCCUAGUUAAAAUAAUAGAAAAUCUGUUCAUAGUUAGAAUCUUAAACAUUAAAAUAGUAGGAGGGCUAGUACUUGAAGUAUAAAAACAGAAUUCAGGAAAAAUUGGAUUACAAUCGGAUAAAACAAAUAAUACCUAUGUCAGAAAUUUAACAAUAUUGUUCUUAAAGAUCGGAGAUUCAGUGCUGGUUUACAUGGAUAAACAUUUUAAAGUAAAAGUUUAAAACAGUAAUUUUCGUUAUUGCUUAUAAGUUCAAGUACUACACUAUUUGGAAUUACGGAUUUGGAAGGACGGUAACGAUGGAUGCCGGAAUGUGAACGGAGCAAUGGCGAAUAUUCAGUCUAUUCACACCGACCUCUACAUACGUAAAGCUCACAAUACUGACUUUUGCAUUGCUUUUGUAGUUCUUGUUCGCAAGACACGUAAGCAUUAGAAUCUUCGUGCAAUACAUUACCCUGGUCCGCAAUCCAGCAAUGUACCUAUUCGUGAUUUUAUUCAAAGCUAUGUAAGAUUUAUUUUAUUUUUGGUGUACAGCUCCAAAAGAUGGGACUGUCGAGCGUUAUACUUUAUUCUUACUUAAAGUAAUAUCUUUGAAAAUCGCACAUGAUUGCACGUUUGAAUAGGGUCAUUAUUGUGUUUGUCCAUUAGUAAACCGACUCCCGUGUUGAAAGAGAUCAAUUCUGAUUAAUUAAAGUAUAUUAGUAGCAUGUUUUGGACAAAAUCCGGUCGUUUAGCGCAUCUAAAGUCUGCGCUCCAAUAUUUCUUAUAAAAGUAAAUUACCUAGUAGGUAUUAUAAUAACGUUUAGGACCGUUAAAUUAAAGGGCGUGCAUGUGGGAUAAUGCUGUUUACAGAAUAUGCGUAAGCUGACAGCCGUCGACAAAUCUGAGGGUCUGAAUCAGCGGCAUACAUAUUUUUUGAUGUUCCAUUCCCAACAAUGUCUUGCGCGCGUACGUUCCACAUUGCCACUGGGUGAUUGUGAAAAUGUUAGUCGUUGUAAACGGAACACAGAAUGGUUGCUGUUUCUAAUAUGGAUAAAGUAUAAAGUAAUCUUUUGUAUAUCGACUGGCUUUUGUAUUGUCUAAACGUGUUACAAUUAAGAAUAAAACUAUAAAUCACAA